UGCCCUUCCUUCUCUGGAGGACAGAUGGCUGUGUACUGGUGGCUCUGCGGGCCGCCCUGCGCAGUCAGAAGUAGUACAUUCCUUCGUCUCUCUUGGAGGAAAUUAAAAAGUGUGUCGAUUGGCCAUAGCCAUGUGCUUCAGGGAUGUAUGGUCAGUGCUAGGUGAGGCAUGGCUGCUCAGGGCUCUCCUGGAAACAGCUGGGCUGAAGAGAACGUUGCUCUGAAAAAUGUCACCAGACACAAAACUCGCAGGCCAUCUGUAGAGAAGAGGAAAAAAUGAAAUACCUAUUCUUAAUAUUUUUCAUGAACUUAUUGCCACAAUAUGCUGGCAAGUCUUUGAGCAGAGAUGGCAAUUACCCAAAAACAUUUGAAGACAUUAGAAAUGAGAUAGCUGGCUAUUAUGAUAUUGCUAAAGCUAUAAUUGACCUUGCUGUUUACGGAAAAGCUCAGAACAGAUCUUAUGAAAGAUUGGCUGUUUUUGUUGAUACCAUAGGACCUAGACUAAGUGGUUCAAAAAAUCUAGAUGCAGCCAUCAAGUAUAUGUACAGUGCCCUGCAGAAAGACGGGCUGGAGAAUGUGCAUCUGGAGCCUGUGAAAGUACCUCACUGGGAAAGAGGAGAAGAGUUUGCCAUGAUGCUGGAACCAAGGAAUCACAGCAUUGCUAUUUUGGGACUUGGGAGCAGUGUUGCAACUCCUCCGGAAGGAAUUACAGCGGAAGUCCUAGUGGUAGCCUCUUUUGAUGAACUGCACAGAAGAGCUCAAGAGGCCAAGGGGAAGAUCGUUGUCUACAACCAACCUUUCAUCAGUUAUGGUGAAACUGUGUGGUACAGAUCACUGGGAGCAGUGGAAGCUGCUAAGGUUGGAGCAGUGGCAUCCCUCAUUAGAUCCAUUGCUUCUUUUUCUAUUGAUAGCCCACAUACUGGCUGGCAGAACUACCAGUCUGGUAUACCUCAGAUUCCCACUGCUUGCAUCUCUGUGGAAGAUGCUGAAAUGAUGUCACGGAUGUCUUUCCGAGGCACUAAGAUUGUUGUGUACCUGAAGAUGGGAGCCAGGACCUACCCAGACUCUGCUUCUUUUAACACGGUGGCAGAAAUAGUUGGAAGCAAGUACCCAGAGCAGAUUGUGUUGGUCAGUGGACAUCUGGACAGCUGGGAUGUUGGGCAGGGAGCUAUGGAUGAUGGCGGCGGAGCAUUUAUAUCAUGGGAAGCAUUAUCACUCAUUAAGGAUCUGGGACUUCGUCCAAAAAGAACUGUGCGCUUGGUGCUAUGGACAGGAGAAGAACAAGGAGGAAUAGGUGCUGAGCAAUACUACCAGUUGCAUAAGGAAAACAUCUCUAACUUUGAUAUCGUCAUGGAGUCUGAUGAGGGCACCUUCAAGCCAUCUGGGCUGGCUUUUACUGGUAAUGCCAAAGCUCGUGACAUCGUGAAAGAGAUCAUGGCUCUGCUACUGCCUAUCAACGUUACAGAAGUUUAUGACACUGCAGAUGGAACAGACAUCAAUUUCUGGAUGAGGGACGGAGUGCCUGGUGCCAGCUUGCGUGAUGACCUCAGUAAAUACUUCUGGUUUCAUCAUUCUCAAGGGGACACGAUGACAGUUCAAGAUCCAAAACAGAUGAAUCUCUGUGCUGCUGUUUGGGCUGUUGUCUCCUAUAUAAUUGCUGACAUGGAAGAGAUGCUGCCAAGGAUCAGCUCCGUCUGGUGGUUUUCACUUAAAACAAUAAACCAGAACUCCCAAGCCCUAUCCUGACUGUGUAGCCAUCGUGCUGGGUGGUCUUGGCACACCCUACAGGUAUGACUCCUGUGCAGAUGUGUUUUGUGAAAAGCUUAACAAGGUGUAUUUUCUAAACUGGAUGCUGUCAAAAGCAUGGGACGCUUUUUGUUCUAAUGAGGCAUCUUUUGUCCUUGGUCAUAACCUGAAAGCAGCUGAGGUUUUGGCAUCACAUAAUUAUGCUCCAUAGGUGAGUUAACCUUACAACUAAAUAAUACUUCAGCUUGACUGGAAUCUGAAUACCAUUGUGGCCCUACUUUGUUGUGACUGAUUCAUGGUCUGGGAUGGAAAACACAGAAUUUGAUGGUUUUUUGACCUUCAAACAAAUGAAAACUUGGAGUUGUGGAGCAUUUUCUGUUGGUUAAAAAAAAAAUGGAUUCUUUGUAUGUGAAAUUGUAGACUUUUGCCUUUAAAGUUCCACACAGAGACUUCUAGAAAAUAACAUCAUGAGGAGAGAAUAGCAAUGUUUAGUACAAAACCCAUCAUGCAUAGUAAUACCAUGAGACUGUAAAGAAGUAAUAUAUCCCAAAGUUAAAGUGUUGUGUUUUUUUUUUUUUCCCCUAGAAUGAGAGUUAGCACAAUAAAACUGUAAUUUUAAUAAAAUGUCUUAUUUGUUCUUAACACGUUUUCUUAUAGCUGCAUGAAAUGAGCCUUACUGGAGUAAAUUCAGAGAAGACUCUGCAAAUGCAAAUAGGUUACACCCUUCUGCAUUAUCUUGAACAGAAAUACACAAAGAGCUCACACACAUAUUCUGCUUCUGUUCAUGGUGGUUACAGAGCCUUUAGUACAAAUAAUUAGGAGUCAUCCCUCAUAAAGCACUAACAAGUUAGUGAAAUGUCAGAGGAUUUCCCUCUAUGUUCAGUUUCAUUACAGAUUCUUCUACUUUCUAUUUUCUUAGUAGAUACAAUUAAUGACACUGAAGACUUCUCAGGGUAGAAAAUUAAAGUGAGAAUUUGGCUUAAGAAGAGUGUUUACUGAUAACUCUGUUUUCAAGCUCCCAAAUACAUCAAUUGCUUUUUCACCUGUCAACCCCUGGCUCCAAAUUUGAUACAUGGUAUUAACUGCAUCACUUUACUAAAGGAAAUUACAGAAAAACUUAGUUAUAUAAAAGUGUUCUUUGAACUUUAAGGUGAAACAAGAACUCUGUCUUUAAGAUGACUCACUGCCUUCAAAUAUUUUUUCCAAAUACUUUCUUUAAAAAUUGAUUUUAAUUUGUGUCACAGACACUAUGCAUGCCCACGAUUCACUCAUCUGGAAGAAAGCAGCACAAGGAGAAUAAAUUGCAUGCAAUGGAUCUGAGAUACUGCUCUAAGCUGGAAUAAGGCUCUGGAUUUCAGAAACCACUUCAGUUUGCCAGCAGUGACCACCAAAAACAAGUUAGCGUCGGGUGUUCAAGGAAUGAAAACCACAUUUGUGCCUUGUGUUUAGUGUGGAAGAAAACUAAACAUCCUUAGAGAAGUGGGAUGUAUAAGGUAAAAUAACAAGAAGAGCAAGUGGCAAGAUAAAAAAAUUCUUAGUGUGCCCAUAUACACAGCACCGGGAUACCUGGAGCACUCCCCUUUUCUCAUGGAUGGAAAAAAUAAAGAAACUGUAGACCAGAAUGCCUACAUUCAGUACAAAUGUAUGAAAAAGUAAGACAUUUGAAUCCAGGAAAUACUCUGGUUGCCUCAGAUGUUGUUACAGGACCAAGACCUGAGUUGGCUGAUGUCAGGCUUGGAAGUUUAAACCAGCUUUAAGCAGGUCUGUGCCAGCUGGAUGGAAGAAUUGCAUAACUGAUGGGUUCAUUAUCGUUCAUCACCCAAGUAGGUGAAAAUGAGCUGAUCUCGGUGCACUUUUAUUAGAAUUUUGAUUCAAGGAAAAUUGGGAACAAUCCCUGGUGCCAGAAGAACUGUUAUAUGAAGUUGUGGUUGGAAACUGCAGUGUGUAAUACUGCUGUAGCAGGGCUUUUCAUCUCCCUUUUUGCCUUUUCAGAGGAUUGUUUCGUGCAGUGAGUUCUGAGUUUUUUUGUCAAGGUUUACUUUAAAGUUUGAAAUUGAUGGGCUUCCCACUAUUUCCCUGAAGCAAGUUUUCUUUGCAAUGAAUCUUCUCAACAAACUUCUUUGGAGCUGGUACCUUACCAGUGGGAUAACGCCGGCGGUCAGUGUGCUUGCAGAAUCUUCAGACAUGAGAAAUCUGCCCUUUUGUCUUCUAGGGGAAAAUGAAGUUUGUGUGACUACAGAUGUUGGUGAUUUAUUUAUAUUGCGUGCAGUGAUUCUUAAUUGAAGAAAGAAAGGAAGAAAGUCCCGACUGCUUUUGUGCAACCUCAGCAGCAUUGAGGCAAUGACAGAUGGAAGGACUGCUGUACGAGGCACAGGCGCAGUGAUCUUCGCUCAUCGUAUUGCUGUGCUGUUUGCCUUCAGUAUGUCACUAAAAAUUCAAUAUCUCAAUAACACAUUCAGAGAAAGCUCAUGAAAUCCAAAGGGCCUCACCUGUCUCAAAAGAGGAGAUUCUGAAAUGUUCAGACUUGCCUGCCUUCCAUCCAGGGGGUUUCAUGUCACACUGUGGUUGCUAUCUAAUACUUCAAUGUAAACAACAGGAAUAAGACUGCAUCAAAGAUCGUUUUUACACUUUCAUCUUAAAAACAAAGUAAAAUAAAAUAAAAUAAAAUAAAAUAAAAUAAAAUAAAAUAAAAUAAAACUAAAACAUUUUGACCAUGGCUGAAACAAAAGACAUGGCACAGAUGAAGUGACAUGCUCCCCGGCAGGAGAAAGGUGUGGUUCAGUGAGACAAAAGGAAAGUGCAUGUUUUCUCACAAUUGAAAUUAUCUGAGGAUGUAUCUUACAAUCAAUCUCCCCUCCAGAACAUAUGGAUUCAUACAUUCAGGACAAAUUAAAUAACCAGCCCAUUUGAAUUUUAAAGAAUAAUGUGGUUAAUAAAUAGAGAAAAGAUCAGGGAGCUAUGAUGUAGCAAGUCCUCUGAAAGUUUCUUAAUGGCAGUUAAUAAAACUUCAAAAUCAAUAUAUGACUUUCCUGGAAUCUGACGUAAAGUCAUUAAAAUGGAAGAAAUAAGAUGCAAGCUGGUGUGCUUGCUAGAACUGAAACAUUUGUGUCCUGGACACUUUGUGUCUGGGGAUGAAGAUGAUCAAAAUUUCUGUGAAUUAGUGUUACACUAAAUUCUGCAAACCAAAGGUUUUCACAAGAAAGUGAAAAUCAUUCCCUCAGUGUAUCACCUUGACAACAUGUUAUAAAAGGUUGCAUUCUCUUCCUGACUGGCUAUAAAAGGAUGGAUGGAGUUUUGUUUUGUCUUGAGAAAAAUUACUGCUGUCUCCUUUGUAACACAUGGAAAGAGAAAUGGCUGUCCAUGGCACAAAGGCCAGCCUUCCCAUGAGCGCUACAUAUUGGUUUCCAUUGUUAAAAAAAAGGCUAUUUCUAAAAACCUUUUAUUUCCCACCUCUUCCCAUCUCCUAGACCUGGCUACCAAAGCCCUACAAGUUCUCAAACCAAACACGAUUGUAAUGCAACAAGAACAAGCCCCAGCUGUUUUUCAAGGUUUGAAAAUAUUUUUCUUUCUUUGUUUAAACAGCUACCUCAACGCCAGGCAGCCUCUGUGUUUGAAGCUACUUAUGGAAAGGGUCUCCUCUACAUCUUCCAGUGAUGCUUUCGGAGCAUUUGAUACUAAUGAUAAUGUAUUGGGGCAGCUUUGUGCUGUUCUGGUACAAUGUAUCAUGGUUUCACUAGCAACUAGCAAAGCUCCUGAUAUUUCAUUUUCAGAAUUUUUUUUGCAUUUUUUUAUUCCCUGUGUUACUUCGUUUGAAUUUGAAUGAUGACAGACAGCAAACACCACUUUACUCCUGAUGGUCUUUGGAAAAAAAAAUAGUAUCAAGAAAAACAAGAGGGGAGAGAGAGACUGUCCCUUCGAAUUUCCUACACACCAGUGCUGCUUGCUGGGUCUUGCAUUUUGGCACAGAACUAGGGCUCAGAAGGGAUUGACAUUACUGGCAUGCCUUGCUCCUCAGACUGAGGGAGCUUCCACUAAGCUGGGCAGAACUUUCUGCACUUUAUUUUCCUUUUGAGUUUCAAGCUUGAAGAAACACCAUACCCUGCAAAGAAAACUCAGUUAUAAAAUUGAGUUUUAUAACUCAGAAGAGAGAGCUGUUUCUCUUGGCUUCAUGGUGAAGAUGAGAUGGAAAAAGUAAGUUCCUCAGUGAAUUUAGGUUGUUGCUAUAUAUAGAGCUGGUUUUGUGUAAAGGCAUAGGAGACUUAGGAAACCUGAUAAUGAAAUAUAUGUGAAGGCACAAAGCCAGUUACAUUCAAUAUGAUUUCAGGUUUUAUUGAGAAGACCCUAUAAUGUAUUUCAUGGAGUACUUAAAGCUAACAGUGUAAUAAAGCCAGGCAUAGAACUUAAAUGCACACAGCCAGGCUAGCUGUGCUCAUGGCCGAUUCAAAUGCCUGGGCUGGUGGGGCUUUCUCACCACAAGUUCUUGCACCAGUGCAGUGUAACAUUCACACUAAAAUCUCCAGAACUGAAGUUGGAAUGAGUUGUAUCCAUUUAAUGGUAUCAUCUGACCACUGGAAGUAGCUUAUUUUUAACUGAAAUCCAUGUUCGCCCGAAAUAUGGCACUUGCUUGAAAAGCAAAUUAUAGGUUGGUGGUACUUCUGCAUGGAAGUAUGGUAGCAGGAAUGGGUCCUUCCAUUAGUCCUGAGACAGCCUGUGUGAGCUCUGUGACAGAGCAGUGGGUAAAGCCUUAGUAUGAAGCGCAGCCAUGUAAGACACCAUCCCAGUCUGUCCGCUGGCUAUCUCAAAUAUGUUCCUUGGUGUCACUUCUUUUCCAGCACUGGAAAAGGGGACAUCAGUAGUUCCAGUGUUAAGGAGGAAUUCAGCAAAGAUACUUUGCAAAUCCCUGUCUUUGUAAGGUGACGUUGUAAGAUGUGAGAUGUCCUUAUACCUAAUGUGUUUAAAUACAAAAUACAGAUUUUGCUUGCAGGUGUAUAUUACAAAGAUAAUUGUGCUUUUCAUCAUUCCUUACUUUAAGUAAUGGGUACGUACAUGAGUGAGGGGAGAGUAGGGGGGAUGUAAAGCCUGACGAAAAUCAGAACAUGCAAUUCUAGAAGUACUAAUUGCACAGCUUGCUUUAAUUGAAAUGCAUUUUUAUUUAAAAAAAAAAAAAAAAAACAGCAAAACAAGCAACAAUAACAAAAAAAAAACAAACCACAGUUUUCUGUAAGCACAUCAAUGUAGGUCUACCCUUUGAUUUAUAUAGAGGAAGGAUUUAAUUGAAGGUAGGCAGCAGCUGCUUUGAUUGAGCUCAUAAACAUUUUUUCCAUGUAUAGAAGGCAGCACAGAAAAUAUAUUGAGAAGUUCUUGAAAGAGAAAAACUAGCAGAGCCAGGCAUUGUGGAAAGAAGUAUAAAAGGGGAGCUAGAAUGGACUUUAUUCUUCUCAUUCAUUUAGUUCCCCAAACAACAGACUCUUGCUUUGUGGGAAAAUAGUUAGGGUCUUCAUUCCCUCCUGUGUAAGCAGGAAGGAGCUGCACACCAUGCAGAGCCUUCAGCAGCAGCCCUGUGCUCCACUGGACCUGGGCUACAUCUGGAUGUGUUUUCUUAUAUAAAUGAGAGGCAGAGAAAUUCCCUCCUGCCUUCUGCAUUUUACUUUUUCUCAAAUCAAAGGUAAUAUGGACAUCUCAGUGAAAACUAGGCUCAGAUCACUGUGUUUAAUAAAAACAAGCCCUCAGUUUUUCAUUCUUAUUGUACUUGUUCCUACAAAUGCCAUGGAAAUUGCAGGAUUUUUACUUCUUCCAGUUUCUUUUACAGUCCUUUGGAGUAGAAACAGAGCAGGCCAGUUUUGCAUCCAGGCCUGGGGCCCCCAGCACAAGACGUGGAGCUGUUGGGGUCCAGAGGAGGCCACAAGCAUGCUCAGACGGUUGGAGCACCUCUCCUAACAAGAAAGGCUUCUACAGAUACCUCAAUCAGAAAAGGAAGGUGCAGGAGAGCGUAACCUCCCUAAUGAGAGAAAAAAAACAGCUGGUAAAAACAGAUGAGGAAGGUGAAGUAUGUAACAGCUUUUUUGCCUCCAUAUUCUCUGAUAAUGCUUGUCACACAGCCCUCAAAUGUGUGGUUUUGGUAGGAGUGGAUAGGGGAAGCAACAUCCCUCCCGCUGUAAGCAAAGAUCAGGUGACCACCUGAGGAAUCUGAAGAUCCACAGAAUAAGUGUCCUGACGAGGUGAAUCCUAGAGCCAUGAGGAAAUUAGCCAGUGUAGUUGCCAAGCCACUCUUCAUGAUAUUUGAAAAGUCGUGGCAAUCGGGUGAAGUUUCUGGUGACUGGAAAAAAGGCAACAUCACACUUAUUUGUAGGAAGCAUAAAAGGGAUGAUCCUAGGAACUACCAAUCUGUCAGUCUCAUCGCUGUGCUGGGAAAGAUCAUAGAACAGAUCCUCCAGGAACCAGUGCUAAGAUACAUGGAAGACAGGGCAGUGAUAUGGGAGAAUCAGCAUGGUUUUAGCAAGGGCAAAUCCUGCUUGACCAACCUAGUGGCCUUGUAUGACAGUGUCACUGCAUCAGUGGUCAAGGGAAGAGCCACUGUGUCAUCUAUGUGGACACUGACAUGGCCCCCUACAACGUCCUUCUCUCCAAAUUGGAAAGAUAUGGAUUUGGUUGGUGGACUGUUUGAUGAAUGAAACAUCCCUGGAUCGAGUCCAGAGAGUGGUGGUAAAUGUCUGAGUGUCUCAAUGGAGAUCAGUGAUGAUUGGUGUCGACCCAGGGGUUGGUGCUGGGGCCGAUACUUUUUAAUAUCUUCACCAAUUACAUUGACAGUGGGGUCAAUUGCACCCUCAGCAAGUUUGCUGAUGACACUAAGUUCUGAAGUGCAGUUGACACAUCAGGAGGAUGGGAUGCCAUCCAGGGACCUAGACAGGCUUGAGCAGUGGGCCCAGGUGAACCUCAUGAGAUUAACAAAUCCAAAUGCAAGGUCUUUCACCUGGAUCGAGUCAACAUCCACUAUCAGUACAAGCUGGGGAUUGAGGAUUGAGUGCAACCCUGCUGAAAAGGACAUGGGAGUACUGGUGGAUGGC